AUUAAUACAGGGUGUUGAUUGCAAUAUUGAUGAAAGAAAAGAAUAUCAUAUGCCCACGGAGUAGACUGCUAGCGAAAAGCUUCGAGGCCUGAACAACAAUGGCGGCCCCGGCGAUUCCGAGGUCCCCAAUUCCUUCCUCUUCGCCUCUCCAACGCCUCUCAACCUUCAAAGACAGAACCACCACCACCGCCACCCCAACUUCAGCCGCCGGAACCAUCACAUCACCACCGUCCUCCAUUCCAUUUUCAUCAUCACCACUCGAUUCUCUCUCCUCCGAUCCAAUUUUCUCCGUCUUCUUCUCCUCCGACUUCGACUCCGCCCGCUUCUCCUCCGCCGCCCUCUCCUCCGGCUCCGCCGUCUCCGCGAAGCUCCAAGACGAUAUCCAGCUCCUCGAGAAGCAACUCUGCUCCGAAGUCCUCUCCCGCCACGACGAUCUCCUCUCCCAACUCUCCUCCCUCCGCGACGCCGAAUCCGCCGUCUCCGCCCUCCGAUCCGCGGUCACCACUCUCCAAUCCUCUGUUCGCCGCGUUCGCUCCGAGAUCGCGGAUCCAAACCGCCAGAUCCGAUCCAAAACCCUACAGCUCUCCAACCUCCACCGCACCACCGAGCUCCUCCAGUUCACUAUCCGCGUCCUCCGCCAAUCGAAGAAGUUUCGUGAUGUUAUGGCCGCUGGGGAAUCCGAACCUGAGAAGCUCGAUCUCGCCAAGGCCGCUCAAUUGCAUUGCGAGAUCUUGAGCUUAUGCAAUGAGAAUGAGCUUGCAGGGAUUGCUGUGAUUGAUGAGGAAUUGAAUUGGGUAUUCGAAGCUGGACAGAAAUUGAGGUCCGAGGGGAUGAGGGUUUUGGAGAGGGGAUUGGAAGGGUUGAAUCAAGCUGAGGUUGGGGCUGGUUUGCAAGUUUUUUACAAUCUUGGUGAUUUGAGAGCUACAGUGGAUGGUUUGAUAAGCAAGUAUAAGAGUCAGGGUGUAAAGAGUGUGAGCGUUGCAUUGGAUAUGAAGGCUAUUUCGGCAUGGUCCGGUGGAGGGUAUGGACCGGGAGGGAUACAGAGGAGUGGUACACCACAGAUUGGAAGCGGGGGAAAGGCGAAGGAGGCGCUGUGGCAGAGAAUGAGUACCUGUAUGGAUCAAUUGCAUUCGAUUGUGGUUGCGGUUUGGCAUUUGCAGAGGGUUCUUUCAAAGAAGAGAGACCCGUUUACACAUAUGUUGCUGCUUGACGAGAUCAUGCAGGAAGGUGAUCCAAUGUUAACAGAUCGUGUUUGGGAGGCUCUUGUGAAAUCCUUUGCAAGCCAAAUGAAGUCUGCUUUCACUGCAUCAAGCUUUGUGAAAGAGAUAUUUACUGUUGGGUAUCCAAAGCUAUACUCCAUGAUAGAGAAUCUUCUAGAAAGAAUUUCACGUGACACAGAUGUCAAAGGAGUUUUACCUGCUACAACCUUGGAAGGAAAAGAUCAAAUGGUUUCUGCCAUUGAAAUAUUUCAGAUAGCUUUCUUGGCCCUCUGCUUAAGCCGCCUGUCAGAUCUUGUUAAUACUGUGUUUCCAGUGUCAAGUCGUGGAAAUGUACCCUCCAAAGAACAUAUAUCUAGAAUUAUAUCACGCAUUCAGGAGGAAAUUGAAGCAGUUCAGCCAAAUGGGCGCUUGACUGUUCUUGUCUUGCGUGAAAUCAGCAAAGUUCUGCUUUUGCUUGCUGAGAGAGCUGAAUACCAGAUAUCUACUGGGCCCGAAGCACGACAGAUAACAGGUCCUGCAACUCCGGCACAACUCAAGAACUUUGCAUUAUGUCAACAUCUUCAAGAAAUUCAUAUGCGCAUCUCAUCUAUGAUGACCGGACUUCCCAUUAUCAUUUCCGACAUAUUGUCUCCAUCACUAGGUGCCAUGUAUGGGGUUGCUUGCGACUCAGUGACAUCCUUAUUCCAAGCCAUGCUUGACCGUCUUGAGUCUUGCAUCCUGCAGAUUCAUGAACAGAAUUUUAGCGGGCUUGGGAUGGAUGCUGCAAUGGACAACAAUUCAUCGCCUUACAUGGAAGAAUUACAGAAAUGCAUUCUUCACUUUCGUAGCGAAUUCCUAUCUCGGCUUUUGCCUUCUUCAACAAAUACUCUCUCUGCCGGGACAGAAAACAUAUGCACUCGGCUUGUCACAAGCAUGGCUUCACGGGUUUUGAUAUUCUUUAUCAGGCAUGCUUCGCUUGUUCGGCCCCUUUCAGAAUCGGGCAAAUUGAGAAUGGCUAGGGACAUGGCUGAGCUGGAAUUGGCUGUGGGCCAGAACUUGUUCCCUGUUGAACAGCUUGGUCCACCGUACCGAGCCCUCCGAGCUUUCCGACCCAUCAUUUUCUUGGAAACAUCUCAACUGGGUUCAUCUUCUCUUUUGCAAGAUUUGCCACUAAGUGUCAUACUUCACCAUCUUUAUUCCCGUGGCCCGGAAGAAUUACAGUCGCCAAUGCAAAGGAACAAACUCACACCACUACAGUAUUCGCUAUGGCUCGAUUCUCAAGGAGAGGAUCAGAUCUGGAAAGGCAUCAAAGCAACUCUGGAUGAUUAUGCUGCAAAGGUGAGAGUAAGAGGAGACAAGGAGUUUAGCCCUGUAUAUCCUCUUAUGCUUCGACUUGGUUCAGCAUUAUCAGAAAAGACCGUGUUGCAAAAAUCUUGAUGAAUGUUGUAUCUCUAGCGAAGCUCGAUAAACUAGUGUCCACCAUAUCAACGCGGUAACUCGGCUGAAUUAUAUUAAGUAGGAGUUAUACUGAUUUCUUUUGAGGUAUAUGAUGGAUUAUUCAGUUAUUGUCAAUUCUUUAGGGCUUUGCUGACCCUAUCUCAAUCCUUAUUCCUUAUGUAGGCUUGAUUACCAUCUCUUUUUGAUUAUUUUUUAUUUUUUGGUUCCCCUAUUUUAGUAAUGAUAUGUGUACACUUCUUUAUAGUAAAGCAUUCUUCAUUUCCUUUAGUAUCAAUUUAUCAAUUGAAUGCUUUACCACUCUAUAGUGAAAUAAUAAUUGUGAAGUUGUGAAGUUGA